AUGAGUAAAGGAAUUGGUGCACAUCUUGACAAGGCAGUGAAGUAGAAAAUCUAUCAAUAGAGAGCAAAUAAGUACAAUGCAGAAUUUGAUAAAUUGGAGGAAUAAGGACAUGACCCUGAUAAGAUCCCUGCAAUUUUGGCUGAGGAGGAAUACCAUAAAAGACAUUCCAAUGACCCUCAGGAACCUCUGCCAUUUGAACGUAGUGAUAAAGUAUUGCCAAUAACUGGAUCGACCCAUCUGGGAUUCGAUAAGGCUCAUACGAAUCUAUCAGCAACUAAACAGAUGAUGUAAAUUCAAGAAUAGAAAAUGCAAAAAAUAAAAUCUAUAAAAUAGUCCGGUGGCAAAUUGCCUGUCGAUGAGGUUCAUAAGGCAUAAAAGGAACACGAAAGAAACAUGAAAGCACGUAUCUAAUAUGAUCAUAUUAAUGAUUUGCAUCAAAUGUAAUAAUCUGAUCCAAAUGCCAAGAAGUCCUCGUAUUAAUAGCACCAUGUGUUUACGAAGUAUAUGCAAGACGAAUGUGAUCACUAGAACUUCGAUCACCAUUAGAUGAAGAACGACUUAAAAUAAUACCAUGAGGCCUUUGUUAUUUGUCAAAAAACACUAAGAAAAUGA